AUGGUCCGCGUUGAGGUUGGCGGAAAACCCAUUAUCGACGUCGAUACUACUCCGGGUGACGCUGCCCGAUUCAAACAACAGAAGAUUCGAGGCAAUGGGCGAGCCGUGCAUCUGAGCUGGGACGUGUCCAUGCCUCGGGUGGUCCUGACCAGUGACACCGACGAGUUUGAUCCUACGACCAUAUCUUAUUUCCAAGAAGAAGGCUUCCGAUUGAGUUACCUGGCGUACGAGGGCAAUCAUGCGGACUAUGUUGCAAAGUUGCAACAGUUGCAAGAUCCCCUCGAGUUGGGCGAACGAUAUGCAAUCGUGGCCUACGGUGACGCUGCGGCUCUCGUACUCGAAGCUUGCAUGAAACCCAUGCCCAAACUCGCUGCAGUCGUAGCGUACUAUCCUCCGCAUAUGCCAAAUACCACCACCAGUUUUCCACCCACACUCAAUGUGCAAAUUCACCUUGCCAGCUCCCAGAAGUUCGGCACCCGACAUCCAUCCUACCGAUACACGAACACUCACCCCGGCUUCGCAGAGUACGAUCUUGAAGAGUUCGACAAGAUAAGUGCGUCAUUGGCCUGGUCACGCACGUUAGCUCUCCUCAGAACUGCGUUCGACAUCGAGGGCGUUGAUUUGGAAGCUGUGUGGGAGAAUCACACGCGCUUCGAAUUCGUGGAGAAGGAUGUAGAUAAAACAAUGGCUACGAUGGUACCACAACCAUACCUCAACCACAUCCCUACUAUGACGGGCGGGAUUGGCUAUGACGAAUUGCGACGAUUCUACGCUGAUUUCUUCAUCCCGGGCAAUCCACCCGAUCUCUCGAUAAGGCUUCUCAGCCGCACUGUUGGCGCUGAUAGGGUCGUGGAUGAGAUGUUUGUCAAAUUCACGCACACUACGGAAAUACCGUGGAUGCUUCCUGGGGUGCCCCCAACAGACAAGACGGUCGAAGUAGUUCUAGUAUCCGUCGUUUGCGUGAGAGGAGGGAGACUUUUCCACGAGCAUAUCCACUGGGAUCAGGCGACGGUACUGGUACAGAUCGGCUUGAUUGACCCAACCCUGAUUCCAAAGACGUUCAAGACGGCCGAGGAGGGGAGAGAGAGAGAAAUCGAGCGACUGCCUGUGCUUGGCCGAGAAGCGGCCAGAAAGGUCCUAGAUGAGGAUAGUUCUAAGAGUAACCAGCUCAUACCCGAAUGGUGA